UUGGUAAUGCUAAUAGCUACCGCACCAAAGUCAGGGUUUAUAAGGCUUUGUUUGGUUGGAAAGAUCACAUUCUCACGUUCACAGAACAGAAACAGCGUUGCAAAAUGGGUGACCACGAAAAUGGCAUAAGGCUUGAACCUGAGAGGCAGAAGCUUCUCAAUGAACACAGCGAGAAGCACUUCACCGCCGGCGAGAUCGUCCGAGACAUCAUCAUCGGAGUCUCUGACGGCCUCACCGUCCCCUUUGCCCUCGCCGCUGGCCUUUCCGGUGCCAAUGCCACCUCCUCCAUCGUCCUCACCGCCGGCAUCGCCGAAGUCGUCGCCGGCGCCAUCUCCAUGGGACUCGGCGGGUAUCUGGCGGCAAAAGGCGAAUCCGAUCACUACAAAAGAGAAUUGAAAAGGGAGCAAGAAGAAAUCAUCACUGUUCCUGAUACUGAAGCGGCGGAGGUAGCAGAAAUUCUAGCACAAUACGGAAUAGAGGCACAUGAAUAUGGACCUGUGGUCAGUGCUCUCAGAAAGAAUCCACAAGCAUGGCUUGAUUUCAUGAUGAAAUUUGAGCUGGGACUAGAAAAGCCAGAUCCAAGGAGAGCCUUACACAGUGCAAUGACCAUUGCCAUAGCAUACAUAUUGGGUGGCAUUGUUCCACUCAUUCCUUACAUGUUCAUUCCGAACGCAGCUGAGGCUGUUGUCAUAUCAGUGGUUGUUACCUUAUUUGCAUUGCUCGUCUUUGGCUAUGCUAAGGGAUAUUUCACAGGCAACAGACCCUUCAGGAGUGCUUUCGAGACAACUCUAAUUGGUGCCAUUGCCUCUGCUGCUGCUUUUGGUCUCGCAAAGGCUUUUCACACUUAGAUUCAUGUUUUUACGAUUAUGUGCUACAUCUUUCAUUUUCUCUAGCUACCAUUUGUUUCAUACAAGUACAAUUUGCUAUUCAACUUUUGAUGUGAUCUUUGGUUUAAUAUAUUAUGAUGUUAUCACUA